AUGGUGGACAAGAACAUCUACAUCGUCCAGGGUGAGAUUAGUACCGUUGUUGGAGCUAUCAAGAGGAACUCCAGGUGGAAUACCCACACUCCACUGGAUGAAGAGCAGGACCCUCUACUUAACAGCUUUGCCCACCUGAAAGAAACCCUCAACUACAUUAAAGAGCUCUCAGAUGUGGAACCCAACGUUUUUCUCAGGCCCUUCCUCGAGGUGGUCCGCUCUGAGGACACCACUGGACCAAUCACAGGCCUCGCCCUUACUUCUGUCAACAAAUUCCUCUCCUACGGCCUUAUAGAUGCUAACCAUGAAGCAGCAGCAGAGGCCAUAGAGAACAUGGCCGACGCAGUCACACACGCUCGCUUUGUGGGAACCGACCCUGCCAGCGAUGAAGUGGUCCUUAUGAAAAUUCUGCAGGUCCUCAGGACUCUGCUGCUCACACCGGUCGGAGCCCAUCUGACCAACGAGUCGGUCUGUGAGAUCAUGCAGUCCUGCUUCAGGAUCUGCUUUGAGAUGCGUCUGAGUGAGCUCCUCAGGAAAUCAGCUGAACACACACUGGUUGACAUGGUGCAGCUACUGUUCUCUAGACUACCACAGUUCAAAGAGGAGGCCAAGAGUUACGUUGGUGCCAACAUGAAGAAGUUGAAGAUGCGCGCCGGUGGGAUGAGUGAGUCAUCCAAAUGGAAGAAGCAAAAGCGUUCACCGAGGCCGCCUCACCACAUGGUCCGAAGUCCCUCCGGUCAGAUGGACCCCACCCAGCCCAGCACCCUCAGCAACAACAACCUCUCAGGCGGCGUCCCGUUCAUCGAGUGCUCAGACAGUGCUGCUUCGUCAGUCUCCAGCCCUACAACCACAGACAGUGGCCUGGACACCUGCUCCAAAGCCACCUCCAGGGAGGACCUCUCCGACCUGGAGCCCUGCAGCUCCUCUGCCACCAUGCUUCCUGACUCUGAGCCUGGCUCUCCAGAUGCACAGUCUGAGGGCAGUCAAGUUGGACCAGCUCAGUCGGCCUCAGUGGAGUCCAUCCCUGAGGUUCUGGGGGACAAAGACAACGCUACGGAUCAGUCAGACAGCGCCUCUAUACAUGACAUGGACUAUGUCAACCCACGAGGAGUGCGCUUUACUCAGUCCACUCAAAGAGACGGAGCGUCCAUCAUCCCUUAUGGCUUGCCAUGUCUAAGGGAGCUCUUUCGCUUCCUGAUCUCCCUGACCAACCCCCACGACCGCCACAACACUGACGCCAUGAUGCACAUGGGCCUGCAGCUGCUGACUGUUGCACUCGAGUCAGCACACUUCACUAACUACCAGUCUUUACUGGGACUGGUCAAAGAUGAGCUCUGCAGACACCUUUUCCAGCUGCUGAGUGUGGACCGUAUGAAUCUGUAUGCUUCCUCCAUACGAGUUUGCUUCUUGCUUUUUGAAAGCAUGAGAGUACAUCUGAAGUUUCAGCUUGAGAUGUACUUGAAGAAGCUGAUGGACAUCAUCACUUCAGAGAACAUGAAGAUGCCCUACGAGCUGAAGGAGAUGGCUCUGGAGGCUCUGGUCCAGCUGUGGAGGAUUCCUAGCUUUGUCACUGAGCUGUACAUCAACUAUGACUGUGACUUCUACUUCUCCAAUCUGUUCGAAGACCUCACCAAGCUGCUGUCCAAGAAUGCGUUCCCGGUGUCGGGGCAGCUGUACACCACCCACCUGCUGUCUCUGGAGGCUCUGCUCACCGUGAUCGACAGCACUGAAGCCCACUGCCAGGCCAAGGUGCUGAACAGCAGCGCUCAGCAGGACCACACAGACACCCUGCAGGCAGAGGGAGAGAACAGCAGGAACGGGACCGAUACUACAACCGAUUUGAACAGACAGGGCAGUACCAACGGUCUGAGUCUUCCACAGGCUGAGGACGCCCCGGUGUGUCCACCAACCAGUGGACAUCUGAUGGCAGAGAAGAUGACACUGGGCCGAGAGGACCAAGGGGACAAUGACCCUGCUGAGAAGAGUGCCUCGAAAAAGCCUCAACGCUUCUCUUCAUGUUUACCUGAUUCCCAAGAGUUGAUGGACAUUAGAACAAAGAAAAAGCUACUGAUCACAGGCACAGAGCAGUUCAACCAGAAGCCCAAGAAAGGGAUCCAGUUCCUCCAGGAGAAAGGUCUUCUCAGUAACCCCAUAGACAACAACCAGGUGGCCCAGUGGCUCAGAGAAAACCCUCGACUGGACAAAAAGAUGAUCGGCGAGUUUGUCAGCGAUCGCAAGCACAUGGAGCUCCUGGACAGCUUUGUAAACACAUUCGGCUUCCAGGGGCUCCGUAUCGAUGAGGCCCUGCGGCUCUACCUGGAGGCCUUCAGACUCCCAGGAGAGGCUCCUGUCAUCCAGAGACUCCUCGAAACCUUUACCGACAACUGGCAUAAAGUGAACGGCUCUCCUUUCAUGACCAACGAUGCGGGCUUCGCCUUGGCCUACGCUGUCAUCAUGCUGAACACUGACCAGCACAACCACAACGUCCGCAAGCAGAACAUCCCCAUGACCAUAGAGCAAUUUAGGAAAAAUCUGAAGGGAGUUAAUGGAAACAAAGACUUUGACCAGGACAUGUUGGAGGAUAUCUACAAUGCUAUCAAGAAUGAGGAGAUUGUGAUGCCUGAUGAGCAGUCGGGGUUAGUGAAGGAUAACUAUGUAUGGAGUGUGUUGCUACACCGAGGCGCCACACCUGAGGGUAUUUUCCUCCACCUGCCUGCUGGCAGCUACGACCAUGACUUGUUUACCAUGACCUGGGGUCCUACCAUCGCUGCCCUCUCCUACGUCUUCGACAAGAGCCUGGACGAGAACAUCAUCCAGAAGGCCAUCACUGGCUUCAGGAAAUGUGCAAUGAUAGCGGCUCACUAUGGCUUCAGUGAUGUUUUCGACAAUUUGAUCAUCUCCCUCUGCAAGUUCACCACCCUGAGCAGUGAGUCUGUGGAGAACCUCCCCACAGUGUUCGGCAGUAACAACAAGGCCCAGACGGCAGCCAAGACGGUGUUUGACCUCGCCCAUCGGCACGGCAACAUCCUGAGGGAGGGCUGGAAGAACAUCAUGGACUCCAUGCUCCAGCUGUUCAGAGCCGAGCUGCUGCCCAAAGCCAUGGUGGAGGUGGAGGAUUUUGUGGAGCCCAAUGGGAAAAUCUCUCUUCAAAGAGAAGAAACGCCUUCAAAUCGUGGUGAGUCGGCGGUGCUGAGUUUUGUCAACUGGUUGACUCUGAGUGGAGCCGAGCAGUCAGGACUGAGAGGGCCGUCCACGGAGAACCAGGAGGCCAAGCAGGCCGCCCUGCUCUGCAUCAAGCAAUGUGACCCAGAGAAGCUGAUCACAGAGAGUAAAUUUCUACAGCUGGAGUCUCUACAGGAGCUAAUGAAGGCUCUGAUAUCAGUCACCCCAGAUGAAGAGACCUAUGAUGAAGAGGAUGCUGCCUUCUGCUUGGAGAUGCUGCUGCGAAUCAUCCUGGAGAACCGAGACCGUGUGUCAUGUGUGUGGCAGACAGUGCGGGACCAUCUCUGCCAUCUCUGUGUUCACCCCAACGAGAGCUGCUUCCUGGUGGAGAGGGCCGUGGUGGGACUCCUCCGCCUCGCUAUCCGCCUGCUGCGGCGUGAAGACAUUAGCUCUCAGGUCCUACACUCGCUGCGCCUCCUGCUGAUGAUGAAGCCUCACGUCCUGUCCCGGGUCAGCAGGGAGGUGGCCUAUGGCCUCCAUGAGCUACUGAAGACUAACGCAGCCAACAUCCACUGCACCAACGACUGGUUCACACUCUUCUCCCUGCUGGAGUGCAUCGGAGCUGGAGUCAAACCUCCCGCCUCCUUCCAGCUCUCCUCCACCCACAGCGACCACGACGCAGGGGCGCAGUCGGACAGCGAGCUGGCGUCUCAUCAUGUCAGCGAAGUGGACUCAGAGCGCGGCUACACCUCAGACUCAGGAGUCUACACGGAGCACAGCAAGACCAGGGUCCCUCGCUCUGCCACAGACCUGGAUGUAGCAAGCAGCGGCUGGCUCCUGGUUGGGAAAGAUGACACUGCAGUGAACUCUAAAGCUCAGCUCAAUAACCCCCUGGUCAACCAGUACAGUCUGACUCUGGGUCAGGACCUGGGCCAGCAUGACACCAAGUCUCUCAUCAAGUGUGUGGAGACGCUGUCCUUCAUCGUCCGUGACGCCGCCCAUGUCACCCCUGAUAACUUUGAGCUGUGUGUCCGCGCUAUACGAGUGUUUGUGGAGGCCAGUCUCAACGGAGGUUACCGCAACCACGACAAGAAGAAGAGCCACAAGUACGACUCGUCCAAAUCCCGGAUGAGGAAGAAGGCAGGGGGGAGGGACAAGGAGGGGGGAGGAGGCACGAGGCGAGGGGGCAGCCGGGUGUCCAGCCAGCGUCCAUCACGUUCCCAUAGCGACGAGGAGGAGGACGAGGGAGUGCCGGCCAGCUACCACACGGUGUCAUUACAGGUUAGUCAGGACCUGCUGGAUCUGAUGCACACACUGCACACCCGGGCUGCCAGCAUCUACAGCUCCUGGGCGGAGGAGCAGCGCCACCUGGAGGCGGCCGGCCGGAGGAUCGAGGCGGACUCUCAGACUCUGUGGAGCAGCUGCUGGUGCCCACUGCUGCAAGGCAUUGCGUGGCUGUGCUGUGAUGCCAGGCGUCAGGUGCGUAUGCAGGCCCUCACCUACCUGCAGAGGGCGCUGCUGGUGCAUGACCUGCAGACUCUGGACGCCACAGAGUGGGAGUCCUGCUUCAAUAAGGUGCUUUUCCCCCUGCUGACUAAGCUGCUCGACAACAUCAGCCCAGCAGAUGUUGGGGGGAUGGAGGAGACCAGGAUGAGAGCAUGCACCCUCCUGUCAAAGGUGUUCCUGCAGCACCUCUCUCCUCUGCUCUCUCUGCCCACCUUUGCCGCCCUCUGGCUCACCAUCCUGGACUUCAUGGACAAAUACAUGCACGCAGGAUCCAGUGACUUACUAUUGGAGGCUAUCCCUGAGUCUCUGAAGAACAUGCUGCUGGUGAUGGACACAGCGGGGAUCUUCCACAGCGCUGACUCCCGGACCGGAUACUCUGACCUGUGGGAGAUCACCUGGGAGCGCAUCGACUGCUUCCUGCCUCUCCUGAGGGAGGAGCUUUUCAAACAGACCGUCAUAGCAGAUCCAGGACCCAGUCCUCCAGCAGAGUCUGUGCAGCCCACACCCUCAGCAGGUCAGCCUUCCUCCCCCCGGGUUUCUCAGCCGCCCUCCCCAGUGCCCGUGUCCCCUGCAGAGACCAGGACCCCCAGCAGGCCAGCGUCUCCCCUUGAACCCCCAGCAGCCAGUGCCAACGGGUCGGACCGCUCCUCUCCCCCCCCAGCCUCCACCCCCCCCAUGCCGGUGCCGUUAACAACCUCCCCCCCCCAGGCUUCCUCCCCCCGGAGCCAGCCCCCCUUCAUCCUGCAGCCCCUCGCCUCCCCUCUGCAGGUGGGAGUCCCGCCCAUGUCCCUGCCAAUCAUCCUGAACCCCGCCCUCAUCGAGGCAUCGUCCCCCGUCCCCCUGCUCCCACCGCCCAGACCUGAUGAAGUCAAGUAAGAACUGAAGCCCAUCUUCAGACCCCCCCCCUCUCUAACAACAGGAUCCAACACUCAACAGCUUCAAGAGCCCCCCCCCCCAGGUUUAUUUACAGGAGGCGAUAUGUCCGAACUGACAGACGAGACACAUUUCAUUUAAAAGAGGAAUCCUCCUAGAUAACUGACAUUGUUCUAAACCCAUCCCUGUGAACAUGUCAUGGUCUGUGUGUGUAGGGUUCUCUCUCUCGUCAGGGAGGAGCAUGCAGACCCAAAGUGAGACCAGGGGAUACUAGAGGUAUUUGGGGGAGAAUUUAGAUUUUUAAUUGGCUGAUUUCCCAACUAAUCGCAUUACAUUUAUAUAACAAUUAUACAGUCAAAUACACAUUUCCACGAUGUAUUUCCACACCACAGUAAUUUUAUAGAAAUCUAAAUAUCUGAAAAUCGUAUUAAGCCCCGGAGCUCAUGUGACUCUCGAUGUGAUGUCUCUCCAUACUCUGACUUCCUGUUUCAUACUGAACACUUCAUCUUUAACAACACCUCACAAAGAAAGUGCAGUGUGUGUGUGUUCAUGAUAAUGAAGAAACAUGGCAGUGCAUCAGUGUGGCUACACACACACACACACACACACACACACACACACACACACACACACACACACACACACACACACACACACACACACCAAGCCUUCAGUAGAACAGUGUUGUUAGGAGCCCUCCAUCCGCUGCGUAUGAACAUGUGCUAUCAGAGGUAGGAAUGAUAAGGCUGGGUUAGUUUACAGACGUCACUCCCAUGUUUUCUCACUGUUGGAAAUCAUUUUGACAUUUCCAUUUGAAGGAUAACCCCCCCCCCCACCCCCCAACCAGGAUGACCUUAUGGCUUCGUAUUAAUGUUUCAGAGGAGUAAGUUAAAGGGGCUGCAUGUUGUUGAUUAAACUGGAUCUCCCGGGCUUUGACUUCAGUCAGCUGUUCCACAGAAUGAUUUAUACAGCAGUCACUUUUAGUUUCAGAGGCCAGCUCUCCUGUUCUGUUGAUUUCUUUUGAACUCUGCAUGAGCUCUUUCUGAACGACUAAAACAAGCUUUGAAUUUGGGCAUCUUCUUCCUCUGAACAAAGAGGGACAGCAUUCUCUGACAGAUCUCCAACAUUCCACAUGGAGACUGUUGAUUGGUCCUCUGUACGGAGAGGUCGAUCCAGCUAGUGACUUUAGAGUUGAAUGAAUACGUUGUCAUGUUUGUAGCUCGCUGCUUCACACAUGACUCUGAGCUCUGUAACACUCAUCAUAUCACACGCCAAUCUGUGGAAACCUCUCAACACCUCUUUGUUCAAUGGUAGCAUAACUGAAUACUUACUAUGGUAUGUAGAGAAAUAUUUUGAUUCAAAAAGCAUCCAGCUCCAUGCACGCAGUUUUCAUGUUUCAGCAGGUUAUUUCAAAUGGUUUAAUUUCAACAUCAUUAUUUCAAUUGAACAUCUGUAUUCAUCUCAGUGGGACCAUUAACAGGUUUACACUGCAGAGCACACGCAUAUCGAAGAAAGAGCCAAUAUAACACAUUUAAAUAACCAACAUAAAUAUUUCUACAACACUGCGAUUUCAGUUUUUAACUCCAAACUUAAACUAUUCUUACAUCCACUGUAAUAACAGCUGGUAACUAUGGUAACACAUGCAUGUAGGCAUACAUCAUAAUGCAAAAAUAAUCUACACCUGAGAAGUGUGUUCUGUUAUUUUAGCAGUUCUAUAACAGAGUAAAACAGGCCUAACGAUAUGGUCUGCACAGCCCCCCCCCCCUCUCGUGUGGACGUGUUUGUUGCUAUUAUUCACUUCUGACAUCCAAUGACGGGGAUUCUUUGACCCGGCUUGAAUCUUGCUACAUUUGAGCAACAUAAAACAAAUGUAGUUUUUGACAGGGCACUGCUUUGAGUUCCCUAAACGUGAGGUUACACCAGGUGUUCACAUAGUUUUGAAAGUAAAUGAUUGUAGCUCUUUAAAUCCUUGUGUUCAGUUGUGGUUCCGUUCAGUGAGGUGUUGAGCUGCUGGCAGUGCCUUGUGUUCGCUGACAUGGAGCCUGCCCGGGAGGGGAACUAUUCUCCAUUGAAAUGCCAAAUAUGUGACCUAGAGCAGGAUGUGGUGGCUGACAUGCUCUCAGUGAUGAUGAUGAUGAUGAUGAUGAUGAUGAUGAUGAUGUUAUUUAUUUAGUGAGAGAAGAAGUCCCCUGCAGUAGCGUGAGUCCUGUAACACUACAGUCUAUAGACAGUGUGUCAGCUGUGUGUUCAUCUGUUGUAGGGACUCUGAUCAGGAGUCUUGCUUGAACAGGAAAUGACAUAAACAUAAUGUGUAUAUAUAAAUGAAAGGUAAUGUACUUUUUACUAUGUAAUAAAUAUAAUGUAAAGAAAGUGCUCA